AUGUUUCCUAAAGAUCAUCAUUUCUAUAUCGAGAGCUUUUCUGAACAACAACUGCCUGCGUCCCACCAGAAGUCCCGUGCAUCAGCCUCUCGAUGGGACGCCACUUGUCAAGCGUUGCACAAACUCACCAAAGGCACUUUCUCUAUUGGGGAUAUUCAGACCGCAAUAAUGUCUUACAAUUCCAGCAACAAAGACAAAUGGACAUUUGAUGCAUUCCAUUAUUACGGUCAGCACGUACACUCAAUGGACAAUAAUCUCCAUACGGUGAUCCCAAAGAUGGCGAAACUGGCACUUGAAUUACCUGAUCUCAUUAAACGGCCCAUUCCUCUACUGCGACAGCAACAGACCCACGCCAUAACAAUGACUCAGCAGCAGAUCUCCUGUCUGUUAGCAAACGCCUUCUUCUGCACCUUCCCUCACAGGAACGACACUAGCCCUGGUUCAGAAUACGCCAACUACCCGACCAUUAACUUCAGCAGCUUAUUUGAUAGCCGGAGUGACUCAGUAAAAGCAGCCCUACAGGCAGAGAAACUGAGAGCCAUAUUCCAUUACUUCAACACCGUGACAAAUGAAACAUCAAAACCAGAUGGACUGGUUACUUUUGAAAGGAUUUGCAUUCAACCAUCAAAUCUCCCCGACUGGAAUAAUCGGAAGGAAACCCUGAAGAACCUUCACAUCUCUUCAAAAGGAUCCAUUGAGAAAGAGGGUGCAGGCAUGCUACAGGUGGACUUUGCGAGCAAAUAUAUUGGUGGUGGAGUGCUGAAGUCAGGACUGGUUCAGGAGGAGAUCCUCUUCCUCAUGAGUCCAGAGCUCAUCGUGGCCAGACUCUUCACUGAGAAACUGGCUGACAACGAGUGUCUUAAGAUCACAGGGCCUCAGAUGUACAACAUUACUUCUGGGUAUAGCAAAGAGUUUUCUUGGGUUGGUCCAUACAUCGAUCAAGUAAAGCAGGACACGUGGAAGAGACGUUAUCGGCAGAUUGUUGCCAUUGAUGCUCUGGACUUCAAGAACCCGAGGGAGCAGUACACUAAAGAUAAUAUAAAACGAGAACUCAACAAGGCAUUUGUGGGAUUCCACGGAACUCCGAAAACAGCCAUCGCAACGGGCAACUGGGGCUGUGGAGCCUUUAAAGGGGAUCCUAAGCUCAAAGCUCUCAUCCAGUUGAUGGCUGCUGCAGUGGCUGAUCGAGACAUGGCUUACUUCACAUUUGGCAAUGAACAUCUAGCAUACGAAGUGCAAAGAAUGCAUGAAAUACUGGCCCAAAACAGAGUGACUGUGGAUAAACUGUACAAGUUGCUGAAGGACUACUCUGGACACUACGCUCGUGAACAUCACUCGCCUAAAGACCUGUACAGAUUCAUCAGAGAGAAGAUUGGGCAUAAGGACAGCUUAUUGUAAAUGUGCCUGACUACUGUGAGAUUCAUACAAGCUCAUUUCAGAGAAAAGUUUUCAGAACGGUUCAGCAGUAUUAAACGUAAAGCUGCUUUGAAUGUAUCAGAUUUUUGAAGGAUCAGAAAAAUUAAGUAACAAUACUAUAAAAAAAACUGUAAUGUAUUUUUUUUUUAUACACAGGUGUCAGUCAAAUUGUUUAGCUUAAUUAAAAUGCUUUAGUUAUUCAGGAUUUAUA